AUGACAUAUUUUUCAGGUUCUAUGAAAGCCAUGCCUAAAACCCAGAAAAUAAUGGGAGAACAAGGUGCUACAUUCCGUCAUGCAUUCAGUACCACUCCCAUGUGUUGUCCUGCUAGAAGUUCCAUCCUGACAGGGCUAUAUACACACAAUCAUAACACAUAUACCAACAAUCAAAACUGUUCAGGACCACAGUGGCAACACGUACAUGAACCUAGAACCUUCGGUAAAUAUCUACAAGACGUAGGUUAUAAUACAGCUUAUUUUGGUAAAUAUUUAAAUGAAUAUAAUGGAACCUAUGUGCCACCAGGAUGGAGUGAGUGGGUGGGGUUGGUACGAAACUCCAAGUUUUAUAAUUAUUCGUUAAAUUUUAACGGUCAUAUCAGUCGUCAUUAUGAUAAUUAUUAUAAAGAUUAUUUAACAGACGUCAUAACCAAUGAUACAGUUACCUUUUUAAAACAGAGUCGUAAACUUCAUCCUUCUAAACCUAUAUUGAUGGUAUUGAGUGUCCCUGCCCCCCACGGGCCAGAAGAUGCAGCCCCCCAAUAUCAACAUAUGUUUGAAAAUAAUCGGGAUCACAGGACUCCUAGUUGGAAUUUCGCUCCCAAUCCAGAUAAACAGUGGUUAUUAAAUAAUACAGGUAGAAUGUUACCUAUACAUCAGAAAUUUACAGAUUUAUUACAGAGAAGACGACUUCAAACAUUACAGUCAGUAGAUGAUCUGGUUCAGAAGGUUCAUGAGGAGUUAAAAACACUAGGAGAGUUUGAUAAUACCUAUACUAUCUAUACCUCUGAUCAUGGUUAUCAUCUAGGACAGUUUGGGUUAGUGAAAGGCAAGGCCAUGCCCUAUGAAUUUGAUGUUAAUAUUCCACUGUUAGUUCGUGGUCCUAACAUUAAAAACAAGGUGGUAAUAUCUAACAUUGUAGCUAAUAUAGAUUUUGCUCCCACCAUUUUAGACAUGGCUAAUAUCCCUGUUCCUAAACAUAUGGAUGGACGUUCAUUUCUCCCUUUAUUAAAACAGGGUGUAACUAAAAACAGGUGA